CAAAACAAUGACAUUUCCAAAAUCACGCUAUAAUUGAAUAUUUAUUGCCGGUGUCAUAUUUUGUAUUGUUUUUUAAUGAAACUAAGCCUAUUCGGUGGUCAUUUAAGUAAUAUUUUUAAAAACUCCAAACAUAUCUAUCAUAAAAAUAGUAUUAGUGCGAAUGCCAUGGCAUUAAAUGAAGCUAAACGUAUUGCUGCCAAUCAAGCAGUUGAUGAAUGGGUGAAACCAGAUACUGCUAUCGGUAUUGGAAGUGGUUCAACCGUAGUUUUCGCAGUUGAACGACUUGCGCAACGAGUGCGUGAAGAAAAAUUGAAUAUAACAUGUGUGCCUACCAGCUUUCAAGCGCGACAGUUAAUUGUGGAACAUAACUUAAAACUUGGCGACUUGGACAGAAACCCCAAACUUGAUGUAGCAAUUGACGGUGCAGAUGAGGUUGAUAAGGACAUGGUGCUAAUUAAAGGUGGUGGUGGUUGCUUGUUACAAGAAAAAAUUGUAGCUUCGUGCGCUAAAAACCUGAUUGUUAUAGCAGAUUAUACAAAAAAUUCUCAGCGCUUAGGAGAACAAUACAAAAAGGGCAUUCCAAUUGAAGUGGUUCCAAUGGCCUAUGUACCUAUACAGGAGCAUAUAUUAGAUGUAUUUGGAGGCAAACUACAGUUGCGUAUGGCAGUAUCUAAGGCAGGUCCCUGUGUUACAGACAACGGUAACUUUAUUCUUGAUUGGCAGUUUGACUCGGACUGCGCAUUUAAUUGGUGUGAUGUGAACACUAAACUACUGCUUAUACCGGGUGUGGUUGAAACCGGUCUAUUUGUUGAUAUGGCCACUAAAGCAUAUUUUGGCAUGGCAGAUGGCAGCGUUAAAACACAAGAAAAUGAUCAAUGCUCAUAAUUCUCCUUCAAAUAAUAUUAUUUUUAAUAAAAAACUAUAGUUUGUAGUGUUUUUUCUUUUUUAAUGUCUUACAAAAAAUAAUAAAUAAUUUUGUCACUUCAUCUCUAGAAGAAUGUA